CAUAUAAAUGGGGGAUCUACCCACCCGCUUAUCCCCGUCGCUGCACUUCAGGUAUCGCUCCAGUGUCCUGCUUGUUACAGACACCCCCGCGACCUAAAGCCAUGGUGCUGCACGCGGGGUUCAAGGGCGCGGGCCAGGAGGCAGGGCUGCAGGUGUGGAGGGUGGAGAAGCUGAGUCCCGUGGCCGUGGCGCGCAACCAGUACGGCAACUUCUUCACGGGGGACGCCUACGUGGUGCUCAACAGCGUCGAGACCAAGCGUGGCGCUGCCCUGCAGUACGGCCUGCACUUCUGGAUCGGUAGCGAGUGCUCUCAGGACGAGUCCGGCGCUGCUGCCCUGCUCACCGUGCAGCUGGACGACUCCCUGGGGGGGCGGCCCGUGCAGUACCGCGAGGUGCAGGGACACGAGUCCAACUCGUUCCUCUCCUACUUCAAGGGCGGCAUCAAGUACAAGGCGGGCGGAGUGGCCUCGGGCUUCAAGCACGUGGUGCCCAACCUGGCGGACGUGAAGCGGCUGCUGCACGUGAAGGGGCGACGCACGGUGCGUGCCACCGAGGUGCCGCUCUCCUGGGAGAGCUUCAACCAGGGGGACUGCUUCAUCGUCGACCUGGGGGCGAACAUCUACCAGUGGUGCGGCUCUAACAGCAACCGCUUUGAGAAGCUGAAGGCGACCCAGGUGGCCAAGGGGAUCCGCGACGAGGAGCGAGGAGGUCGCGGAAGCAUCGAGAUCGUCGACGAAGGCUCCGAGCCUGCAGCCGUCCUCGAGGUGCUCGGCGCGAAGCCUUCUCUCCCGGCCGCCAGCGAGGACGACGACCAGGUGGACCUGUCCAACCGGGGCUCGGCCAAGCUCUACAAGGUGUCGGAUGCCGCGGGGGAUCUGGUCACGUCCGAGGUCGGAGGUCAGAGUCCGUUCCAGCAGGAACUCCUGCAGAGCGGCGACUGCUUCAUCCUCGACAACGGAGGAGGGGGGCGCAUCUUCGUGUGGAAGGGCCAGGAGGCGAGUGCCGAUGAGCGCAAGGCCGCCCUGCAGGCUGCGGAGGCGUUCAUUGCGCGGAUGGGGUACGCCAACCACACGCAGGUGCAAGUGCUGCCCGAGGGAGGGGAGACGCCGCUCUUCAAGCAGUUCUUCAAGAAGUGGCACAGCCCCGGGGACUCGACGGGGCCCGGCGCCGUCUACACCGUGGGCAGCAUCGCCCGCAUCCAGCAGGUGCCCUUCGACGCCUCCACCCUGCACUCCAGCCCGGCCAUGGCUGCCCAGUACGGCAUGGUGGACGACGGCAAGGGAGAGGUUCAGGUGUGGCGCAUUGAGGGCCUGGACAAGGUGUCCGUGGAUCGCGCCACCUACGGACAGUUCUACGGGGGAGACUGCUACAUCAUCCUGUACACCUACAAGACGGGACAGAUCAUCUACACCUGGCAGGGCCUCAAGGCGAGCAGCGACGAGCUCGCGCGCUCCGCCUUCCUCACCGUGCAGCUCGACAGCUCCAUGGGAGGAUCGCCCGUGCAGGUGCGCGUCGUCCAGGGCUACGAGCCCCCGCACCUGCUGAGCCUAUUCGGGGGCAAGCCCCUGGUGGUGCACGCGGGGGGCACCUCCCGCAAGGGGGGGCAGAGCGCCGGCGGGGCCACGCGCCUCUACCAGGUGCGCAGCUCCGCCGCGGGGGGCCUGCGCGCCAUCCAGGUGGCGCUGAGCGCCGCCUCCCUGAACUCGAGCGACGCCUUCGUGCUGCUGGCGGGCGGCGCCGCCACCGUGUGGAAGGGCAAGGGAGCCGAGAAGGCCGAGCAGGAGGCCGCCGCCUACGUCGCCAAGCUGCUGGGGGGCGGCGGGGUCAAAGAUGUGGCCGAGGGGAAGGAGCCCGCGGAGUUUUGGUCGGCGCUGGGCGGUAAGAAGGCGUACCAGACGUCGCUGCGUCUCGCAUCGAGCAUCUACGACCACCCGCCUCGCCUCUACGCCUGCUCCAACAAGACCGGCCGCUUCCAGGUGGAGCGGGUGCCUGGGGACUUCACCCAGGAGGACAUGGCCACGGACGACGUGAUGCUGCUCGACGUGUGGGACCAGGUGUUCGUUUGGAUCGGGAACGAGGCCAACGACAGCGAGAAACAGGAAGCUGAGAAAUGCGCCACGUCGUACCUGGAGACGGACCCGUCAGGCCGCAGUAAGAACACCCCCGUGGUGGUGGUGAAGCAGGGACACGAGCCCCCCACCUUCUCCGGCUGGUUCCUCGCCUGGGACCCCACCAAGUGGGACUCGGACCCCUUCGAGGCGAUCAAGGCCUCCCUCUAGGUUCGUGAGAGCUGCGACAGCCGGACCUGGCCACAACCAGCCUGGGGCCUACAAUUCCUCAACUCCGUUAACAAUCUGCCAUGGUUCCUGUCUCUUUUAUCGGCAAGGGUCCUUUUUGUAAAUCCCCCUGCUCCGAAUCUGUGCCGAAAGCCGAGUUUUUGAGAAAGAAAACAGCUGUUUUGCAAACAGCAGCAAUGCCAUCGAGUCGUUUUUUUUCAUUAUAUCGCUGUUUUUUUCUUCCACAAGCUCAAUCGGGUUCAGUGCAUUCCAGCCACGGUCGUUGUGGGCCCAGGCAGGAUGUUCCACUGUGCGUAUAUUUAGCAUUUGACGUGCGUGGUCGAGAGCAGUGAAUUGUGUGAUUUGUCUUCAUCAGGAGCAGCAGCCACGGUCUAUCCACUGCUGGACGAAGGGCUCCCCACAGCAUUGAUCUAAUCGCACGUGUGUGCAUACCAGCUGAUCGCAUAGCUCCAUUUCCGCGACAAUCAAACUCUAAGGCACUUUCUCUCCUUUGGCUGCCAUUCAGUUAGCGGUCUUGACCAUCACCAUUGGCCAUGAUGUGCCCUGGCCAAAUCCACCAACUUAAGAGUCAAGAGAAUGAAUGUCUUUUGUGUAAUUCAUGUGUUCCUCUGUCUCUCGGUGUAAUUCCAAGCAUGUGCCUCCUGUUUCUUCAGUGAUGCUCAUUUAGUCAUAUUCCAUUGGCCGCACCCCCAUAUUACUUAACACGGUGAGCCAUUCCCCACGCCAGGUACAAUGGUGGUUGGGGGCCGUUGGCUUGGACUGAACCAUUCUUUGGAGAGGGGGUUGAUGAUGUGGUUACGAUUGCUUGUCUGGAAUUCAUGGGGGCUGCUACAAUUGGUAUGGCUGCUGGAGAGUUGUUUUUCUGUGUGUAAAACUGCCACUCGAGAGAAAAAUAAAGAAUACAAAAAAAAACAA